AUUGUUGCUAAACAAAAUUUUAGCAAAGCGAAGUUUCUUGCUUUUUUGUGAAUGUUAAUCACAAUUAAAAGAAAAUACUAAUGUAACAUUUAAAUAGAUUAUCAUUUUUGAUUUAAUUUCAUAGUAUAAUAAUAUUUACUGGAUGGUACUACCGGUAACCUCAUCAUGAAUGAAAAUGAGGAAAUUCUGUCCUUUUUGGAUUUGCUCGAUUUAGACGAAGAAGUUAUAGACUUAAGAGCAAAAAAAUUGAUGGAAAGAACCACCUUUACUACUCAGCACCUAAAUAACUUCCUUCAUUUGCUAAAAUACAAACAUCUUAUAAAUGUUCGCGAGGACAGUGAAUGUGACAAUGAGUUGGAAUACCACUUCAUUGGUAAGCUUAUAACUUGCGUUAACGAAGAGAAUGCAGAUGCUGUGUGUAAAAUUAUUACCAUUAUACUUACAUUGAACGAAAGCACAGUCAUAUUCAAGUCUGAACAUUUAAUACAGCAAAUAUUAGCAGAAAUAUAUUUACCUGUACACACAAAUGGUAUAUGCGCUGACGCUGAUUUAGAUAAGCUCAGAACAAGUUUUCUGCAUUUAAAAAUAUGUGGAAGUAUAUUAGAUGCAGUUAUAAAGUGUAAUUCUAAUUUGUCUUUACCAUUUCUAAAUACACCUCUGGAACAACUCAUUCAUAGUAAAGAUGAGAAAAUAUUCAUAUAUUUCUUAACAAAUACUGUGCCAAGACUAUUCACUGGUGUAAAAGGAUACAAUAUCCUUGAUAGAGUUUGGGAUUUUCUCAAAGAAUUAAAAGAUGACCAAGUAUUAAUAUUUUUAAAAGUUUUGUGUUGCUUAUCCAACUAUUAUUUACCUGUAGCCGACUCUGAAAUUACAAUUGAAUCAAAAAUCGUUUCUGAAAAUACAUUUUGGGAUUUUAUACUGCUUGGGCUGAGUUCAGAAGAUGCUUUUGAAAGGAAACAGUCAUUGUAUUUAGUUAAAAGAGCUAUAGAUUACAUUAUAAAGACCAAAAGGAGUGUUAAAAUAUCAUCAAAGAGCAGUUUUGCUUGGACUGAAAAUAACAAAGUCAAUUUAAAAAAAUUAUGGGACAAUUAUUUUAUACUCUUAGACAGCUUAGAAGAAAAGCAGAGUAAUAUUGUACUACCUUCUCUUCAACUGUUUGAGCUUGUUAAAGACGUUCGAAAUUGUUGGUUAAGUUGUGCAUUUAAUAUUGGCCUUAAGCAUGAUAAUACAGAAGUAAGAUUUAAAUGUUUGCAUUAUCACCUCCAGUUUGGUAUACAAAAUGUUUUAGAAGCUAAAAAAAUAUUGGAAGUCAUUAAUGAUAUAGUCCUAUUUGAUCACGUACAUGAAUGGAAAAUUGUUAAAAAUGAAUUGAAUAAUGUUAUUAAAGAUGAUACAACAUUAAUGAAAAUUUUAAAAGCUUUACCUUUAAUUAAAUGGUCACCAGUACCACUGUACCAUUUAACAAAAAUCAUGGCUAAUUUUGAUAGAAUACUAUGUAAAAAUGAUCAAGAAUUUUUAAUAAAUCACAUAAGUGAUCUAUCUAAGAUACCAUGCAAUAAUGUGAUUAUAAGAAAAUGUAUACACUUAAACAUAUCACAGUUGAUUAGCAAAUGUUGUAAAGAACUACAUUGGAAAAAAUAUAUUCCAGCAUAUGCCUGUUUACAACUUGAUAAUACUACACAUUCAGGUGAUGGAAAGUUUCAGAAGCCAUUUGAAGAACUUAUAAAAUGUAAUAUAAAUAUUCCAACAGAGGAUAUGGUUCAAUUUUUAUACCAAAUAUCAUCAUCACAUGCUAAUACUGAUUUUGCUUUGUUGUACUUUAAAGAACAUGAAGACACAGAUUUCAUAAACUUUAUAGAUGAUAUAGUUCGGAAAAUAGAAGAUAUAAGUAAAAGACAGUAUGCUGAUAAGAUAGAUUAUUUAAAUGAAGUUAUUUUUAUAGCCCAUUUGUACAAACGAUCAUUACAAAAACAAGGUGGUAUUUAUGAGAAAAUUAAUUUCCAUGCAGCAAAAAAUUUGAAAAUACUUCUGCAGUAUGUUAUGAGCAUUUUAAUUAGUGAUGUCAUUUUGGAUGUUGAGAAGAUAGCAUUUUUGUUUGAAAAUUUAGAUUAUGUCAUAGCUAUUCAAAGCAAUUUCAGUGAGAUUGAACUUGUAUUGAAAUUGUAUACCACAAUCAUACUUUGUUUGCAAGAUAAUGAUACUACUGUAGAUAAGAAAGUUUUAUGCAAUUUCAUGUUAUGUAAUUUAUUAAACUCUCCAUUGAUCUUCAAAAAUUAUAAACAAGAGGUAUUAGAUGUGAAAAAGGUUUUGGAAAUCAUAGUAAAUGCUAAACUGACUGAAAAUUUUAAUAAAGAAAAUAGUGGAAGACUAAGAAAUGCAUUUUAUGAAAAAUCAUGUGAAAUAGUAAACAUUUUGAUGAACUGGGGAUACUUUAAAACAAACAUUUUAGGAUUUAUUGAAGUGGUAAUAGAGAGUGGUGGAUAUGGAUGUCUUAAAUGGAUACUCAGAAUCAUGAAUAGAAUACUUCCCACUAUUUUAGACAACAAAGAUAUUAAAUUUGAUGUAAUUAAAUUUUUCAACAGAAUGUGGACAGAAAUAGAGGAAAUACGAUCAAAUAGUCAAUACCCAAUUUGUAUGAAAGAAUUCAUAAUUUUGAUCACACAAGAGGCCUUGUUAGAAAAUCCUUUCUAUAACAAUAUUGUACUUUUAUACUGUAGUAAAAUUAUAGAGUAUGCAGAAAUUAAAAACAUGCCUUUAUACAUUUUGGUCAACCAACUUAAUAAAAUUAAUAUAUCUAAAUACAACCAUAUGGUCUAUGUAUUGAGUGAAAUUUUAUUGAAUCCAGUAAUUGUAAAAAAAGACAAUAAAAUUGUUGAAAACGCAUUAUUGGAAAUAUUACAAGAACGAAUGUAUGGAGUAGACAAACAAAAUAUCUUUUUCAAUUCACACAUACAGUUAUUAACUGUGUCUAUACUGAGCAAAAUUUCUAAUCCUGACAUACUUGACACGUUAACUUGUUUUAUGAUCAAGAAGACAGAAGAAUUGUUUAAAAACAAACAGAGAUAUCAUAGUAAUUCUCGUCACCAACUAGCUCUGCAGGCUUGCCUUCAAAACUUGCUCUUCAUUUUGCUGAAAUCUAGAAAUGUGAAUUUCCAAAAUACUGCACUUUGGUGUAUGGAAUUUCUAGGCAGAUUACCUCAUCAGCCUUUUGAAAGAAUAUGCCUUGAAUGGUACAUAUCACUGUAUUUUUAUUUAAAGGAAAGUAUCAUACAUGAAGAUAUUGUCAAUCAAUUAAAAUCAAACAAUGUACCACUCCCUUCUCAAUUUAUGAUAAUGUAUUGGAUUGUGAACCACAAGAUAAAAGCUGACGUUUGUCUCAGCAGGGAAUAUGAUUUUUUGAUGGAGUUUCUUUUAACACAUAUAAUGGGCCCAGUUUUCAGUAUACGAUUGCAAGCUCAGUAUUUAUCAUCUGUACUUUAUGAAGCAAAUGAGCAUUUACACACAAACAAAUUAGAUACUUCAAAGUAUACAUACAUGAUUGAAGUUAUAAAUAGCACAUUACAAGAGAUUGCAAAAGCAGGAGACAAGAGUUUUAAGAAACUUAAAAAUGAUUAUUAUGCCAGCCAUUUUGACAUAGUUGAAGACUUAAUACCAUGUGGAAUAUACUGGGUUUUACCUCGAUUAUUGGAUGUUUCUAGUAAUGCUAUUGCUGAGGAUUGUUUUCUAAGAAAUGUCUUUGGUGAUAUUGAUGACAGUUUCAAUUUAGAUGAUAAUGAUGUAUUUUAUAGUGAAUGGAAAGUAAAACGUCGGUCAACUUCAGAUAUGCUUAAAAUUAAGAGAAAUGUAAAUCUUGUUAACAAAGAAUUUGAUAACUCAAAAGAAACAGGUACAAUACAGAAAAAGUAUGUACCUUGGAAAAAUAUGAGUGAUAUCUUAGUAUAUGAUGAUGAAAAUAAAAACAAAAAAACUGAGCUUAUAGUGGUAGCAUCUCUCAUAGACAAGUUGCCCAAUUUAGGAGGAAUGGCGCGGACAAGUGAAGUAUUUGGCGUGCAAACCUAUGUUGUUGACAGCCUUAGGCAUAUGCAGGAUAGGCAAUUUCAAGGGUUAAGUGUCUCAGCCGAAAGAUGGGUGACUGUGGAGGAAGUUCGUCCUGGAGAACCACUCAAAGAAUACCUGAUGAUGAAGAAAUCGGAGGGUUAUACUGCGGUUGCAGCAGAACAGACAUCAUCCAGUAUGAAUCUACAAAAAUUCAAGUUUCCCAAGAAAACUAUACUCUUGCUUGGGAAUGAAAAGGAAGGUGUACCAUGUGAUCUGCUUCCUUUAAUGGAUUAUUGUGUGGAAAUACCGCAGCAGGGCGUUGUCCGGUCACUGAACGUACACGUCACAGCGGCCAUCUUUAUAUGGGAAUACGCGCGACAAAAUGUAUUGUAAUUUUUAGUUUUGAUAUAUAAAUAAAUUCCUUUUCUAAACA